AUGUCUGGACUCACCACUUCUCCGGGGUCAAUCUCCGCCCCUCCCUCCUUCAGCGUCAACAGGGCCUCUCGGUCAUCUUCAGCAUCACGACCAGCCCUUACACUCGAUCUCUCUAAUCUUCCAACAAUGUCUCAACCAGCCAAGCCAACCAACACCCUCAUCAUAACCGAACUCAGCAAUAUACUCCUCUUCCAGCCCGCCUCCCUCGCCACUCUCCGCGCACAACUCGAAUCCAUCGCACCCCUGAACUCAUUCUCGCCGCUGCCCUCUCUCCGCCGCCUCAUCUGUUCCUUCUACACUGAAGAAGACGCUCUCGGGGUCCGGAAACUCCUCGACGGCCAACUCCUUGAGCACAACGUCCGCCCGAAGGUCUACUUCGGCGAACCUACCCCAAUCCUGGAUGAAGAGGAAUCCCGCCGCCCAAAGCUCCUCGAGGCCCCCCAUGCCGACAAGCUCUUCUUCAUCAGCCCACCACCCAGCCCCCCGCAUGGAUGGGUUAUGCGCAACGAGGAACCCCCAAACAAGGAGGUGCACGCCAGCGAUCUCGCCAGCGCCUUGGCCAAGUUGAAGACCGAGCAAUAUAGUGUCUCCGAGGCUAUCAACCAGACCUGUGAACCCGGUACCCCGAUGUCCAUGACCUCCGAUAAGCGCACGGGGAGCUGGCCCGUCUCUAUGUCCGGACAGCGCAGCAGGAGCAGCACCCUUAUCUACCACCCUGAGGACCAUGGCGGAAGCCCUAAUCUGCCUGCUGUUAUGGUCGAAGAUACAAGCAUCAUGGUGGAUGAUUUGGAAAUGGAUAUGAGUCCCAUUGAGAUGCCGAUUCGGAAGGCCCCACCGAAGACGUCUCGGCCUCCUGUUGAAUUGAUGUGUUGA